UUGCGCGGACUCGCAAUAUAAGGACUGGCUGUGAGUUUGCUCGGCAGAUGCUGGCACCCAGCGGCUGUGGGACUGACCGCCGCUCACUCUCCACAUUGCUCAGGAUUCCUCUCAAGCUGCUACCAUGUGGGGGCCGUUCCUGUCGCUGUUGAUCACUUCCAUUUGUUUAACCAAAAGAGUUCAAGCUGUCCAAUGGGGUAGAUGUGAACAUGUUGAAGUGCAAAAGAAUUUUAGUCUCAAUCAGUAUAUGGGAACAUGGUAUGAAAUUGAGCGACUUUAUAAUGUCACUGAAGACAACAGAUGUAUUUCUGAAACAAUAUCCUCGAGCUACAAUGGGCUAAGAACCAUAUAUGAGCUUAUCACUUUGGUUACGAAGGGUAAUGAGGUGGCUGCACACACUGCAGAAUUAAUUCCACCUGACAAGACAGCCAAAGAUCAAGCAAAACUAAUCUACAGACUUAAACAACUAAUGCAAGAGCCUUUAGAUGAUAAAGCUUUUGAUUACUGGGUGUUAGACACUGACUAUAAAAGUUACUCUCUGGUAUUCUCCUGUGUAUCAUUCCUUGGCAUAACACACACCCAUUAUGCCUGGAUUCUUUCAAGAGAACGACAGCUGUCAGCAAAUACCGCACAGUACCUGCAUGGUGUCCUGGAAAAAUAUAAGAUUAACACUCGUGAUCUUGUGAAAACUAAUCAAGAAAGUUGCACAUAAGAGCUAAUCAGAAUACAUACAAAAGAUUGUAACCUGCGUCAAAAUGCACUUAAUUUUAGUUUACUCCAAUUUAAACUGGAGUUAGCAUAGCUGAAAUGAUAUAUCUGCUGCAGUUGCUGUGUUCGACUAUGAAUUGAGUUAUUUUCAACAAAUGUGCAAGUGUUUGAUGAAAUACUUCCAAUUGUCAAUAUUUAUCCCCUCUGAAAUUCAAAUCAUUGGUGAAAUCUUAAUUGGUCCAGCACUAGAGAACCAUGAGUGCAACUUAAAAUUGGGAUCACAUGUCAUGCCACCAACAUUUGAUCUAAGCAGAGAGAUUGACUAAUUAAUGUGAAUGAACUGAAAGAGGUCACCUGUUGGUGCUUGGUUUUGUACUCAUCAGCCAGAGUUUUCUGAUUGUGACAUUUCAAUCCAUAUUUUCUUCUCCCAAUCAUUUUAUUAUUAGAUAAAAAAAUCAUGGACAGGCAAUAAAUAAGCAGAAAAUAUGAUUUUGAGCUCAAUGACUUUAAUGUUUGACCUCAGAAUUAUAUUUCUGCUAUUCUUAUGUUAUUCAAUUAAAUACUAUGCAAUACUUAGAACUUUGAUUAGUUUGGGGUUGGUACAGUUACUUGGCUUUGUGCACCACAAGAGUAUCAGACAUCUAUUGCACUAAGUGCU